UCGCUACACAUAAAAUACACACACUUCCCCUUGUUCUUCUAAGCAAUUUUUAUCAUCAUGAAUACUGAAUUUGAAACGCAGCCGCCUCUAGCAGCAACAACAGUAACCGAAGAUGAGGUGGUUCAUAAUAAAACUAAUUACCAAGAUGAUGCUCCUCCUGUUCAUGUGACUCACAAGGCUUCUCCUGGAAGUUCUAGUGUUGUGAGAGAUGUUUUUGAGUGGAGGAGGAAAGAUCUGAGCCUGCUGGUUCUAGCCGUGGCCACUGCUGUCUAUGUGGUGCUUCAAGUCUAUCAGUUUAACUUCAUCCCUCUGCUCUCUUAUGCUGCUAUCUUCAUCUUCACUUCUGCCUUCAUCUGGGGAAACCUCCUUCGCCUUUUCGGAAAGGAGGGUCCGAGCAUGGCAGCACUGGAAAUCCCGGAGGAGUCGAUAAGGGGGAUUGCUUACUCGAUUAAGGUGAGUGGAGAGGAGAUGGUGAGAUGGAUGUUUCGUGUGGGCGCGGAGAAACAGUGGGGGGUGUUUGCAGGCACUGUGGCUGCUCUAUGGUUGCUUUCUGUUGUUGGGAAUUACAUCGACUUCCUAACAUUUCUUUAUAUUGGUACCUCCUCACUUAUGUGUACCUGUUGCGGUUUUGAGAGAACUGGUAACUUUGUGACGACUUACUAUUAUUAUGGGAGUUUUUGUGCAGGCACUGUUGUGGGGAUGACUGGGCCGGUGCUUUACAGGAGGUAUGAGCAUAUAAUACAGGAGUAUUGGUGGAGGGCGAGGGAGCAGGGAAAUCGGGUUUACGCCAUGGUUGAUGACAAGGUUAUUAGGAAAGUGAAGGAUAAGACUGGUGGAUUACGACAGAACAAACAACACAAGACGGAGUAGCUUGGUUGUCAAAUGUUUUGUGACUUGUGAGGCUUUCGUUCAAGUUUUUCUGGUUGCUCUUGCGUGGUGUAGCUUUGUGAAUAACCAAUGUAUCAGUCGUCCUGUUGCUGGCUUGUAUUUAAACUGCUUUUCAUGUAUGUUGUUGCCCUAUUAAUAAACAUGAUCAUAUUA